AUGGCCGGACUCAACUACUACAAGGCUUCCUUCCACAACUACGUCAUCUUCACACCCAGCAAGGAAGACCUGCUAGCGGCCGGCUUUAGCGGAAGCAUUUACUCCUUUCAUUCUGGCCGGGACAAGGUGAAUCCAAACAAGGCUGAGGAGAAGCUGCGCUUGAAAAGAUGGGUGCUGGCGAGAUGCAAAGAGGUCGGUAUUCCUGUGGAUGAGACCCUCAGCAAUGGUGGCUUCGUGGAGGAGCCCAACGACGUGAUGGCUUUCGACUUCUCCGAAAUAUGGAAAUGCAAGAAGAACUUUGCCUUCAACUUGCCUCCCAUCGGGUACGACACUGAGGUGCAUGGACCCUGGACAGGAAAGUCUUUGGUGCCACCGAUAGGAUUGGUUGGAGAUGCAGUGACAGAGCCAUUUUGGAUCGCCGGAGUGGGCUUGCAGCGGGGUUGGAACGGCGUGAUGGAUGCAUGCUUCUUGAUCGACAACCUGUACAACAUGAGCUUUUCUGGUGGGCCAGAUGCUGCGGAGACCACGUCCUGGAAUGAGCAUGUUCAGAAGUUGCAGAGCAUCAUCCCAGUCCUCUACGACUGCAGUCAUGAUGGCAAAAUGACUAGAGAAGGCUUGCAGGGAGAAUAUGCUGACCAGGGAGUCGUCAUGACGCAGCUGAACAAACAGCAAAAGGACUCAGAGAAGCCCCAGUGGCAGCUGCAAGUGAACCCUUGGACGCGCUACGAGCAGUUCUCAAAGCAGUUGGAGGAAAAGUACAAAGGUGCACGUGUUCUGGAGAAUAUGCAUCCUACAGUGCGGCGAGCUUUGGCCAUCAGGAAGCACCCGAACGACAGCGAGGUUUUCAGCGCCAAAAAGCUAAAGUCCAUCAACGGAAAGAGCAUUGCACAGGCAAACCCAGCAGAUGAAGUCCUUCAGCCGGGGCGAAAAUCAUCUGGGGAUGCUCAGUUGCAGCCUAUGCCGGCAGAGAGAACAUCCAUACCGGAAACAGAAGUGGCGAGGCGUGCAUCCACAAAGUCCGAGAAUCUGCACAACAUGCUAGCAAAGCAAAUCGACCUUCACGUUCAAAGCACAGCUUCCAACAGCACAAGAGGCUUUGAUGACGAACGGUGGAAGCCUUUGUCCCCGAAGGCGACCGGCUUUGCCGAGAUGGCUGAGAAGCAGUGGGACAUACUUACAGAAAAGCAUCUCAGCCCUGGCCAGCGUGCCGAACUCCUUCAUGUUCGGAACAUGCAAGUAUCGCUGCGGCAGCAAAUCGAAAGCCUUAGCACCAGCCUGGCGGCUUUCGAGCGUGCCGAGCGGGAGCUUCUCUUGGGAAGUGGCUAA